UGGAACAUUUGGUCAAGACAAUAUUGUGUUACUCUAUUUUAAUUUUACAUUGUUAUCUGCCUGACAAAUGGUUUGCCCGAAUCUAUUAGUCUGACCAGCAAAUGUUUGAUGAAAUGAAUUUUUGUAUUUUUGAGGAAGAAAAUAAUAUUCCUUUGGCUCAGUACUUUUUGAGCCAAAAUAAGUGCUGCCAUAAUAUUGUGCUUACUUGUCUGGCUGACUUCUUCUCACUUUCCAUUGUAGAUGUUUACUGGUGGUGAUAAUGUCACAAAGAAGAACCAGACUGAGCCCUGAAUCUGAGGCUGCUCCUUUUAUCUGGAGUCAACAAGCCUUGUUUGAAAGCCCAGUGGAUCAAUGAUUAUAAAGACACCAAGUGACGGGAUCUUGACUGAACCUUCUGGAGACCAAGAAGGGAGUGAGAGAGCCACUUCAUCCUUACAACAGACACCAAAUGACAGGUACCUGACUGAACCCUCUGGAGACCAAGAAUGGAGUGAGAGAUCCACUACAUCCUUACAACAGACAUCAAGUGACAGGUACCUGACUGAACCCUCUGGAAACCAAGAAUGGAGUGAGAGAUCCACUUCAUCCUUACAACAGACACCAACUGACCUGACUGAACCCUCUGGAGACCAUGAAUGGAGUGAGAGAUCCACUUCAUUCUUACAACAGACAUCAAGUGACAGGUACCUGACUGAACCCUCUGGAAACCAAGAAUGGAGUGAGAGAUCCACUUCAUCCUUACAACAGACAUCAAGUGACAGGUACCUGACUGAACCCUCUGGAAACCAAGAAUGGAGUGAGAGAUCCACUUCAUCCUUACAACAGACAUCAAGUGACAGGUACCUGACUGAACCUUCUGGAAACCAAGAAUGGAGUGAGAGAUCCACUUCAUCCUUACAACAGACACCAACUGACCUGACUGAACCCUCUGGAGACCAUGAAUGGAGUGAGAGAUCCACUUCAUUCUUACAACAGACAUCAAGUGACAGGUACCUGACUGAACCCUCUGGAAACCAAGAAUGGAGUGAGAGAUCCACUUCAUCCUUACAACAGACAUCAAGUGACAGGUACCUGACUGAACCCUCUGGAAACCAAGAAUGGAGUGAGAGAUCCACUUCAUCUUUACAACAGACACCAAGUGACCUGACUGAACCCUCUGGAGACCAUGAAUGGAAUGAGAGAUAAAUUCUCAAAAUUCUCAAAUUUUCAGAAUUCUCAUUAUUUCCUGGAAUAUCUUGAUUAUUUUAUUUUUCCAUUUUUAAUAAAUAAUGCCUUCUUUUAC